AAAGAGUAUAGUUAAAGGGUAUGAGAGUAAGUGUUCUGUGAGGGUAUGGUCUGUGAUUACUGUGGCCUGUGGCGCAUUAUCAAUUCAAAGAGAAACUAAUAGCACGCAAAUAAAUACAUAAUAAAUAAAUACAAAAAAUUAAAUUUCAAAUGAGUAAAAGAAAAAAUCCCUUUACAGAAGACAAUCCAAACCAUGAUUUCUGUAAUUUUCUGAUGGAACUGGCUGAAUAUGAAAAAAAUGUUAGUAGGGACAUACACAAAUAUAACGUAUACAGAAAAGCGGCGGCAACUUUAGCAGAUUAUCCCAGUAGAAUUAAAUCUGGAACUGAAGCUAAAUGUCUGAAGGGUAUAGGUGAUAAGAUAGGAAAGAAAAUAGACGAGUUUUUAGCUACGGGAAAGCUACAGAAAUUGGAAAACAUACAUGGCGAUUCAAAGAAUGAGGCUAUCAAUCUUUUAACUAGAGUCACAGGUAUAGGACCUGCAAAAGCUCAUAGUUUGGUCAAGGAAGGCAUUACUAGUCUAGAAGAAUUGAAUAAAAACACUGAUAAAUUAACACAUCACCAGAUAAUUGGACUCAAAUAUUUUGAAGAUUUUGAAAAAAAAAUUCCAAGGCAGGAGGUUGCAGCAAUUGAAAAAUUAUUAGUGAAAUAUAUAAAGAACAUUGACCCUGAGUACAAAAUCUCGAUUUGUGGUAGUUACAGAAGAGGAAAAUCAGAAAGUGGAGAUAUUGACACCCUAAUAACUCACCCUAGUUGGACAAGCGAUAAAGUGGAUAAAAAACACAAAAACAAUAUGCUCAAAAAUAUUGUUAAUGUUUUAGAAAAGUGUGGUCUCAUUACAGACACACUUUCCUUGGGCGAGACUAAGUUUAUGGGCGCUUGCAGAUUAGAUCUCGAACAUCCUGUUAGGAGAUUAGACAUCCGAUUAACCCCACAUGAUCAAUAUUACUGCUCUAUUCUAUAUUUCACCGGUUCGGAUGUGUUUAAUAAAUCAAUGAGAGCACACGCUUUAGAACAAGGAUUUACUCUCAACGAAUACACUUUAAGACCAGUUGGAAGCACAGGUGUACCUGGGGAACCCGUUGAAAUUUCAUCUGAAGAAGAUAUUUUCGAUAUAAUAGAUUAUCCGUAUAAAAAACCAGAAGAUAGAAAUAGUUAGGUAUUUUAGAGACAUAUUUUUUUAAGAUCCGUUUGAAAAAUGUCUAUCUUUCGGUCCUGUGGAAAAUGUAAUAAAUGAUGUGAUCAAAAUUUUAAUGGUUAUUUUUUUUAUAGUCAUUACGAUAUAGCUAUUUUUGUUAUAACUAACAAUAUUUAAUCCACUUUUUUAUAAUAAGGUAGGUAGGUA